AUGGACUCCACAGUCAGAGUCCCGGUCGAUGACGUCAGGACUCGGGGACAUAGUCGGAGUCUUGAGCGUUUCUUGACUGCGAGCGACUGGCGCGAAGUCUUGGCCGCCUUGGAGGCGGACGGCAACCUACUCGACAGCAGCGACAGUGGCGAGGAGCUGACUGCCGAGACACUAGAAACCGAAGAUUUGUCUCAGACACUGACGGAGUUUCUGGAUGCAGCCGACGAACCGCUGUCAGACAGUGAUUUGGCGAAUCUUUCGGGUGCGGGUGCCUUCAUAGCAAGUCCGUUCCCGAGACCUGGCUCGUGUUCCCCCGAUGCCGAUGCCGAUGCCAGUGUUUCUGAUGCCGAUAGACUGCCGCUUGUGACCCAGACACCAGAGACGCCUGCAGAGGUUUCGGAGUCGUGGAGCGCCACCGAGCGAGCGCUCUACGAACGGGGCUUUCGACGAGACGAGCGCAUCACGACGAGCCUUAGCGCAACCGUCGAACAAACGCCUAUCUCCAUUGUCCAGAUAGCCAAACAGGUUCUCCGGAACCUCAAAGCUGGCGAACUCUUGCCAAGCAUCUCAUUACCGGCAUGGUUGCUGGAGCCGCUCUCAGCGACAGAGAAGGUAGCACUCGCGAUGCGCUACGGAGAGCUGCUCGCAGCCUGGGCCACCGAGCCCGAUCCUUUCGAGCGUUUUCUGAAGGGCAUGCAGUACUUUCUAUCCGGGCUUCCGAACCAGUGCUCGCUGCGGAAACCAUUUAACCCCGUCCUCGGCGAGACGUUCAUGUGUGCGUUUCCCCACCGAGAGGCGUCGCAUGGCAUUACGUCAUUGUUUUGCGAACAGGUAUCGCACCAUCCACCGCGAACCGCCAUGCACAUGCGGAAUAGUCGACUUGGCGUUCGUAUCCAUACGGUUAUGGAGCCGCGCCCGAGUUUCGGCGGAAACUCUCUCAAGAUUGAAAUGGCUGGGCACGCGCUCAUGGAGCUCACCCACGCCCAAGACGUUGAACAAUACAUUCUGACGCGCCCGGCGAUGGUAUUCUCGGGCAUUCUGGGUGUAGGCAAACAGCAGCUAGAGUGCAUCGGAAAGUGCAUCUUUCAUUGCCCCAAGCUCGGUUUUCUCGCCAAAUUCGAUUUCAGCGGAGUGUCUCUUGCUGGACUCCGUGGCAGCGAACACGCUGUAGAAGGCAAGUUGUACGUCCAUGAGCAAAAACGCUACCGCUUCUACGGACGUUGGGACGAUUGUAUUUAUUUGAAGGAUCUUACCAAUGGUGAGACUCGAUUGCUCUACAAUGCAGGUGAUGUUUAUGAACGGUGUCGCAUCCAGGUCUGGAUACCACCGGAACCCCAGCAACCUCCCAAGUUUGCGCGAACGGUAUGGCGGGCCACAGCCGAUGCGCUUCUACGAAAUGACUUUGAACGAGCGACGGUCGAGAAACGUCGAGUUGAGGCGUGUGAGCGUGAGCUUCGAAGCCUUCGCGAACAGACCGGAGAGACGUGGCAACCUCAAUUUUUUGAGCUCGACCCCUUGACUGGCAUCUAUAUAUUCAACGACAAACACCGACAUUUCGUAGAAAUGGAUCCAGAAGACCUCGAUGCGAUUUGA